AUGAGCAGCCGUUCUUUCAGCUCAUCAGUGAAUGACAGCGAUGAUGAUGGUAAAUACAAAAAUGAAACAAGUAAAAGAGGCUACAAAAAUGACAAAGAGGAACACGAAAAAGGGCUAAAAAAUAAAUCGCGUAGGAAUAGCACUGGCGACGCAGGAAAAUGUAACCACGGAAGCGACCCUUCCAGUUCUCCAAAUUUAAAAAAUCAGCAUAGUGAUAAACGUAAACAUAAACAUAUGAAAAAAUCAGAGGAAGAAAAUAAUUCCGAUCAUAGAAAAAGCUCUAAAGAAAAAAAAAAGAAACAUGUAGCCCGUAGCAGCAGCUCGUCAUACGAUAAACAUUCUAAGAAGAAAAGAAGGAAAGGCAAAGAAACACUGCAUAAGUUAAAAAAUGACAAAUAUGAAGACGCCGUGCGGAGGAACAAAGGAAGAAGAACUUCUUCCUGCCCACGUAGGAAGAAGCAUUGCAGUGAUAGUGAUGAAUCCGAGGGGGAAAAUUCCCCAAGGGGAAGACGGACAAGACAUCGCAAUAACAAACGUAGGAAAACCAUUUCCCGUUCGUCUUCCCUCGACGAAAGAAGGGGAUCGAAGUCUCAUUCUAGGAGGGGAAGCAGCAGCAGUCGGGGAAGUAGCUACAGUGACACAUCAUUCGAUGAAAGCGACGUGAGUGAUACGUCACAUGAGGAAAGUGACACGACCAGUAGCCCCUCCGAUGAAAGUAGUGUAAGCAGUGGUUCCUCAAACAAAGAGGGGCCCGAGGAGGAGGUGGAGGAGGAGACGAAGGCACCAAGGGGAGAUGCUUCAAGUGCGGUAAACAAGAAGGAACAAUACGACGCACACAUAUAUGACAGCAAGGAAAUGAUAAGAUUGACUAUCAACAUUCUCCAGAACUACAACUUUUUAAACAAUUUAAAAAUAUUAUAUCAAAAGUUAGACAAGAAAAAAAAAAUUUCACUUGAAAGUAUGAAAGAUUUAAAAUUAAAAAAAAAAUUAAGGCAUUUAUUUAGAGCAUGGAAAUUAGAAAAGGAGGGAGAGUUCUACAGAAAGCCUAUUAAUUUUAAAGAAAAUAUACUUGACAUUUUUAACAGUUUAUUAUAUUACUUUUUGUCCAAACUGGAUAUAAAUAAGCUGAGGCGCAACAUUAACAAACGAAAAGCUAGCUCGUUGAAGAGGGGCGAUUCGAAGGAACAUGAUAACCAUGCUGAAGGAGUAAACAGUCCACGUGAUGAUUACGAUAUUGAUAACAGCAAUUACUAUGAUAGUAAUUUUAUUGUGAAUUUUGAAGAGGAGGAUUACUCCCAUUUGAUGCAAAACAGUAAGGAAAAAAUGAAAAGUUUGAGAGAGUUACAUGAAGAAGGGUGUUUUACAAAUACAAAGGAACAAUAUAAAGAAUUUUUAGAAAAACAUAAAACAAUAGACUUAUGGGGUAAAAAUGAGCAAGAGCAAAAGUUUCUGUUGAACUCGAAAAAUUCAGUUAAAGAGAGGAGAAUGUUUGAUAGGGAAACUGACUUGGCCAUAAACAGGUUUGUAAAAAAGGACCAUUAUAAGAAAUUGAUUCAGCGUACAAAGCAGCACGUGGAUGAUAAGUUUCACAAGACGAGCGAUCGGGUCUAG